CGUACUGAGCCGGUCUCGGGAGAUGAAGGAUGGGAUGUGAGGCGGUCCUGCCUUGCCGCCUUCUGUCCCUAGUCUCCGGGUCCCCGCCCUCCAGCCGCCUUUGACUGGUGACUGGGUCAGGGUCCUCACUCAUAACUCAGAAUCGCGAAGAAAGGAAGCUAGCGUGUUUGUUAGAAAACCUAGUUGGGAGUGCAAGGCAGAGAGCGUUCAGCACCCUUGCUCCUCCCGACCCCCCGGGACAGAGGCAGGGCUCUGGAGGGCAGGGAUUCCCCCUCGUCUUGGCCCUACAGCCCCAGCUGGGCACUAAACUCGGGCCACGGUGGGGCAAGCGAGGCGGGCUCCGGAGGAAGCUGACGGCUGAUGAUGGCUCAGUCCAACAUGCUCCCUGUGGCUGAUAUGUUGAGUCAAAAUGAACUGCGCAAAAAGCUAUACCAGACAUUUAAGGAUCGGGGUAUACUGGACACACUCAAGAUACAACUUCGAAACCAGCUAAUUCAUGAGUUAAUGCACCCUGUAUUGAGUGGAGAACUGCAACCUCGGUCCAUUUCAGUGCAAGGGAGCUCCCUCUUAAUAAGUGCCUCUAACUCUUUAGUGGCGGAUCACUUACAAAGAUGUGGCUAUGAAUAUUCACUUUCUGUUUUCUUUCCAGAAAGUGGUUUGGCAAAAGAAAAGGUAUUUACUAUGCAGGAUCUAUUACAACUCAUUAAAAUCAACCCUACUUCCAGUCUCUACAAAUCACUGGUUUCAGGAGCUGAUAAAGAAAACCAAAAAGGUUUUCUUAUGCAUUUUUUAAAAGAAUUGGCAGAAUAUCAUCAAGCUAAAGAGAGUUGUAAUAUGGGAACUCAGACAAGUUUGACAUUUAGCAGAGAUUCUCUGGCUGAGAAGCUUCAGCUUAUUGAUGAUCAGUUUGCAGAUGCUUACCCUCAGUGUAUCAAGUUCGAGUCUUUAGAAAUAAAGCUAAAUGAAUAUAAGAGAGAAAUAGAAGAGCAACUUCAGGCAGAAAUAUGUCAAAAGUUGAAGUUUUUUAAAGAUACCGAAAUAGGAAAAAUUAAAACGGAAGCAAAAAAAAAGUACGAGAAGAAAUUAGCCGUGUUCCAGAAUGAUUUUGAGAAAGCUUGUCAAGCAAAAUCUGAAGCCCUCGUUAUUCGGGAAAAGAGCACCCUUGAGAGAAUUCAAAAGCACCAAGAGAUAGAAACAAAAGAAAUUUAUGCUCAAAGGCAACUUUUACUAAAAGAUAUGGAUUUGCUAAGAGGAAGAGAAGCAGAGCUGAAGCAAAGAGUUGAAGCUUUUGAACUGAACCAGAAGCUCCAGGAAGAAAAACAUAAAAGCAUGACUGAGGCACUUAGGAGACGGGAGCAGAAUAUAAAGAGUUUUGAGAAGACCUAUGACCAAAAACUGAAGAAUGAACUUCUAAAGUAUCAACUUGAACUAAAGGACGACUACAUCAUUAGAACUAAUCGACUGAUUGAAGAUGAAAGGAAGAAUAAAGAAAAAGCUGUUCAUUUGCAAGAGGAGCUCAUAGCUUUUAAUUCAAAAAAGGAGGAACUCAAUCAAUCUAUAAAUCGCAUGAAAGAACUUGAGCUUGAGUUAGAGUCUGUCAAAGCCCAGUCUUUGGCAAUAACAAAACAAAACCAUAUGCUGAAUGAAAAGGUUAAAGUGAUGAGUGAUUAUUCACCACUAAAAGAAGAGAGACUGGAGCUUCUGGCACAAAAUAAAUUACUUAAACAACAACUGGAAGAGAGUAGAAAUGAAAACUUGCGUCUCCUAAACCGCCUAGCUCAGCCGGCUCCUGAACUUGCGGUCUUUCAGAAAGAACUACAGAAAGCAGAAAAGGCUAUAGUGGUUGAGCAUGAGGAGUUCGAAAGCCGCAGGCAAGCUCUGCACAAACAACUGCAAGAUGAAAUUGAGCAUACUACACAGUUGAAGGCCCAGAUACUAGCUUACAAAGCUUCCAUAAAGAGGUUAACUAUUCAGGUUGCUGAUUUAAAAUCGCAACUGAAGCAAACUCAGACAGCCCUAGAGAAUGAAGUGUACCGCAAUCCAAAGCAGUCUGUGAUCCAUCAUUCUGCCAAUGGAUUAAUAAAUGGCAACAUGGUGCUUCACAAUGGUGAGAUAAGUGGGGAUUUCUUGAACAAUCCUUCUAAACAGGAAAAAGUUCUAGCAGGUAUGGUUGCAUCAAGGAUCACAAAUUAUCCAAAUGCAGGGAUGGAGGGUAGUUCCCCUGAUUCUGACCUUGAGUUUGUCGCCAAUACUAAUGCAAGGGUCAAAGAGCUUCAGCAAGAGGCCGAACGCUUGGAAAAGGCUUUCAGAAGUUACCAUCGGAGAGACAUUAAAAACUCUGCCAAAGGCCCACUACCAGCAAAGAGCCCACCAUCUCUGCACUUGCUGGAAGCCUUCAAAAACAUUACUUCCAGUUCCCCGGAAAGACGUAUUUUUGCAGAGGACAGAGUUGUCUCUGAGCAGCCUCAAGUGGGCACAUUUAAAGAAGAAAGGAAUGACAUCUUGGAAGCCCUGACAGGCAGUGCAGCCUCAAGGCUACGCGGGGGCACUUCCUCCAGAUGCCUCUCCUCCACACCCCUUCCAAAAGCAAAAAGAAGCCUUGAAAGUGAAAUAUAUCUGGAAGGUCUGGGCAGAUCACACGUUGCUUCCCCCAGUCCUUGUCCUGACAGAAUGCCCCCGCCAUCACCCACUGAGUCUAGGCACAACCUCUCCAUCCCUCCCUUCUCCAGCCCUCCGGAGAAGAAAGCAGGUCUUUACUGGAGACAAAAUGAACUUCAAGACAAAAGUGAAUUUUCAGAUGUGGACAAGCUAGCUUUUAAGGAUAACGAGGAAUUUGAAUCAUCUUUUGAAUAUGCAGGGAAUGUGCCAAAGCAGUUUGAAAUGGAUGGGCCCUCUCCUGCUGGGGAUAUGCUUCAUAUGGGCGCAGCUGUAGGUGCUGUGCCCCUCUCAUAUCAGCACCCAAGUGUAGAUCAGAAGCAAAUUGAAGAACAAAAGGAAGAAGAAAAAAUAUGGGAACAGCAAGUGAAAGAACGAAAGCACAGAAAAGAAAGAAGGCAGAGUAACCUACAAGAAAUUUUAGAAACGGAAAGAAGAGAACUAGAAAAACUGUAUCAGGAAAGGAGGAUGACUGAAGAAUCACUGAAGAUUGAAAUGGAAAAUGAAUUAGAAAUGAGUAAUCAAGAAAUGAAAGACAAAUCUGCUCACAGUGAAAAUCCUUUAGAGAAAUACAUGAAAAUCAUCCAGCAGGAGCAAGACCAGGAGUCGGCAGAUAAGAGCUCAAAAAAGAUGGUCCAGGAAGCCUCCCUAGUGGACACACUGCAAUGUAGUGACAAAAUCGAAAGUUUAACAGGCUUUUCUCAUGAAGAACCAGAUGACUCUUGGUAACCAUGUUUGCUGCCCAGCUUCUAACUUACAUACCAUGAGAAAUUACAUAACAUUUACUCUUCUGUAAAUGUUUCUCUAUCAACAGAUAAAACUGAAUAAAAAUGUGUAAUCCAAAAAAAAAGAAAGAAACUACAAAUGUUUUUGUAUUAUCAAUUUCAUGUGGUGCAAGUUAGUAUAUCUGCAGCACUAAGAACACUGUGUGGCAAAUAGUAGGCACUUAAUAAAAAUUAGAAUGAAUGAAUACCAUAGAAAUUUGUGUAUAUAUAUAUACCUGUUUAUACUGAGAGUAGGGCAGUUAUCCAGCACAGGAUUAGAUGCAUUUUGACCACACUAAUGAAAGUAUUAAAUUUAAAAAGUAAACGGCCCAAAUAAAAUCCUAAAAGUAAAUCAUCCAAAUAAAAUUAAAUACUGAAUUAGCAGGCUCAAUACUUAUUAAAUCUCUACAUUUUGACAUAAAUGAAGGUGGCAGCUCUUUCACUUUAAAAACUGAAACUUUAGCUGGGCACACCUAUAGUCCCUGCGACUUGGGAGGCUGAGGUGGUUAAGAUCAUUUGGCCGGGCACAGUGGCGCACGCCUAUAAUCCCAGCAAGGAGGCCAAGGCAGGUGGAUCACCUGAGGUCAGGAGUUCGAGACCAGCCUGACUAAUGUGGUGAAAUGCCAUCUCUACUAAAUACAAAAAGUUAGCCAGGUGUGGUGGCAUACGCCUGUAAUCCCAGC